UAGUUUCUUCAGGGUGGUUUUUGACUUUGAGGUUAGAAUCGCGGGCAGUGAAAAUGAUUCUGAGAUUUUCUUUCAAUUCUCUUAAAAUAAUUAAGAACACACAAUCCCUGAGGUGUAUUUCAACCACAAGUAACCUAAAGUGCAAUUCCCAAGUCAGAGGAUCAGAAAACAAACCUGAUGAUGGUGAGAAAUGGACAACAAUUUACAGACUUCCUCAGAUCCGGAUUUUCUCAACGGCAAAUAAGAUAAAAAUCCACCAGGGCAUCUUAGCACUGCUUUCUAGUCCUCUAGCCUGGGUAGCAGAGACCACCUCUAACCUCCCGGAAGGAACAUUCACUGCAGUAACCACGAUAGGAGUCACUGGAUUCCUCUCCUUGACUGCCUUCAGUUUACUUCUGAGAAAUGUUGUGGGGUUCAUCUACCUGGACAGCACAGGGAAAAGGAUUAAACUGGCUUAUGUAGGGUUUCUGGGCGAAAGAAAAGAAGCUAUCUUGUCAGCAGACGAUGUAGUUCGGGCAGAUGAUCUUCCUCCUCUUAAAUACAAAUUCUUCUAUCCACUGUCUUUCAGAAACUCUAAAGACAAGUUUGUGGUGUUUUAUAGAGGAGGUUCUCUUCAGGAUCAAGAUAAAUUUGGAAUGAUAUUUGGGUAUGAUUUGCUGUAGAAAGUUUCUAAUAGAUCUAUUUAUUUUACAAAGAA